ACAGCAUCAUGAUCCGAGUCCCUGACCUGACGGUCCUGGUGCACCUCAUCGACAUGACCGGACCCUUGGCCAUCACCUCGGCCAACCCCAGCGGGGAGGUGGACAGCACCCACCACGACAUGGUCAUCUCGCGCCUUGGCCAUAAGCUGGAGGGUGUUCUCUGUGAUGGAGAGUCUGACGAGGUGGUGGCGUCCACUGUGGUCAACUGCACAAAGAUUGAUGAAAGUGGCAUCACCAUCGUGCGGGAAGGCUGCAUCCCAGCUGGAAAAGUGAUGCAGAUCUUUGAAAGGGUGAAGAACAGAGUGGUCUGAACCGAAGGAACCUUCUCUCAGCAAAGGAACAGAGUCUGCUCUCCCUAAAAACAGGAGGUGUCCCAUGUUUUGCUGGAGCACAUGGCCUUGGGAGAGCCAUUCCUUCUCUGAUCCGCUCUCACCUCCUUGGGAAUGGCAGCACUUCCCCAGCUGGGGCCUCUCCUGGGACCCUUCUGCAGUGAUUUGUUGUUUAUCCCCAGUAAGUGCCUGGAAUCUCCAGGAGAGCUGCCCAGGAGCUGAUGAUUUACUGCAGGAACUCCCAGAGCUCCUGUGCUUCUGAAGUGCGUUGGACUGUGAACACAAUGUUUGUGCAUCCCCCUCCACAACACUCACAUCUGUGUAUUUUAAAAUCC